UCAUUCUAAGUUGGAUUAUCCAACAACAAGUAUCGUUCGUGUAUUUCGUACGUACAUAAACCGGCCGGAGUGUUUUUUCAUUUGAAUUAAAUUGUUUUCAAAAAUGUCUUUAAAAUUAUAUUGUGAUUUAAUGUCUCAGCCUUCUCGGGCUUUAUAUAUUUUAUUAAAAACGGCUAAAUAUAACUUCGAGCCUAAACUUGUGAACUUGAGUAAAGCGGAGCAUUACGGCGAUGAAUUUACUAAAAUAAACCGAUUCCAGAAAGUGCCAGUGAUUGAUCAUAAUGGUUUUGUUUUGACUGAGAGUGUGGCUAUUAUGAAGUAUCUGUCCCGAGAGAACAUAAUCCCAGAUAGUUUGUACCCGAAGGAUAGUAAGCAGCAAGCCAAAGUAGAUGAGUUCUUGGAAUGGCAGCAUAUUGGUUUGAGACUCCACUGCGCCAUGUACUUCAGAGUUAAGUUCUUAGAGCCUCGUUUAUUCGGCAAAGUACCAAGUGAAAAAUCCAUUGCGGGAUGGGAAGAGCGUAUGGAGAAUGCUUUAGAAGACUUCGAUAGUAAGUGGCUUGGGCGCGGACACGCCUUCAUCACCGGAGACUCGGCGACUGUGGCUGACGUGUUGGCUGCCUGCGAGAUAGAACAACCACGGGUGGCUGGCUACGACCCUAAGGAGAAGUACGGCAACAUCGCAGCGUGGAUGGAGAAGGUCCGCCAGCACUUCAAUCCUCAUUAUGACGAAGCGCACACCAUAAUCAACAAAAUUAUCGCCAAGCAAUCCCAAGCGGCCGCCAAAUUGUAAACUUAAACUUGUCUAGAAAAUCUCGUCACAACUCAAUUUUGCGGAGAGUGCAAACAAUGCUCGAAAAAGCACCCAGAAAAGUAAUGUCUAUCAUCAACCUGAAGGUACAAUACAAUACGUAAACAGCCUAUACAGGGUGAUUUUUUUAUCAAUUCAUAUAAAAAAUCUAGACUACGAGUAUCAUUUACUGAUUCCAUUUCUGUAAAAACAGCAAAGUAAAUUUUCAAACUUAGGUAUUUUGUCCAAGCAAAAAAAAUUACAAAUUCUGCUCACCAAUUUCUAAUUCGUCCCACUGCUGGGCACAGGCCUCCCAUCAAUCAACCGGAGCGGGUAUGGAGCGUAUUCACAUACAUGCUGCUCCACUGCGGUUUGUUGGAGUUUUUACAUUUUAAAGAAAGAAAAUUAAUGUUAUUAGGGGUCAGGAAGUAGUUCUCCCCUCAUUAUUACAAACAGCAAAUUAUCUUAUGAUAAAAACAUGAAUACCCUAAAGUAGGUACCUAGGUACCUACUUUAUUGUCUCAGAAAGAAUACAAUUCUUUUUUUAAACUGAAUAAGAUUUUAAAGAAAUGAAACAGUUGGUGCCACUAUUUCUUUGAAAAGACCGUUUCAAGGCGAGUGAAUGUUUUCCACUUACAUAGUGUUGUGUAGUUGCAAGUUUUGUAAGCAGUUUUACACAAGAUAUAUAUUUUUGCAUUGUAAAAUUACAUACUUACAUAUACAGGCUUGUUAUCGAUUGUAUUGUAUGACUUUCCUGGAAAUAAAGAAAAUAAGUAGCCAGUUAGCAUUCUUAAUUGUUUACGUAAUUAGUUACCCUUUCAAAAUAAGGAAAAGCUAUGUUCUUAUGAAGUCUUCCUUCCUUAUUAUUACAAAAAAGUUUUAUAAAUGUUUUUUUUACACGGAUUUGUAAAUACUUAUAUGCAUUUUUAAAGUAUUUCUUGUUAUACCUACACAUUUUUGUAAGCGCAUUUUUGUAGUUAUUAACAAUUUGUAUAAGUGAUAACUGGUGUCAAGAUAAAAGUUAUAUUUGUAUAUUAAAAUAAAUACAUUUUGUUAUAAAUGCUUGUAUUUUUUAGGGUUCCGAACCAAAAUGGUAAAGAUUUUUUACCCUUAAUUGGUGAGAGUAAAUCGGUAACAUAUUAUACAUCAAUUCAUUUGGCAAUAAAACUUUUUUUAGGCAAAGGCA